GCCUAACUGAUUCUAAACUACGCCUGUAUAGAAAAGAAGAUCAGAAGACAAGCAUCAGUGAAAAAGAUCCAUAAAGGAGUCUCUUUGGCGCUUAUCCCAAGAUAUGAGUUCAGCUAGCUUGCCAAAGACAAAAAGAUUCAAGCUCCAAAACAGUUUGUGCUCAAGAGAUGACCUUGUGAUAAACAUCCAUGACUGAGAGUCACAAGACGACCCGUAUUUUUCAUACUCUCCAAUGAAGAAAUUACCGACCAUGUUCUUUGCAAAAGCAAUCAAAAGGACCCCAUCAGUCUCCUCAGGAUAUUCUAUAAGGAACGAAAUUGGGGAGGAUGAUCUCAAAGAGUGACUGACUCCUGAAAAUACUUACUUUAAGAUGAAGGAACUAGCAGACCAAUCUUUCCAGAAAAGAGUCGAUGUCCUCUCCGAAAGAGAGGGAAAGCCAGUGGUAAAAAGAGAACCAAAGAUGGUGCCACAGGAGAACAAGUUUAUCCAAAGAGUCCCAGUGUCUCCACAGUUGCUAAGGGAUAAGAAUGCGAUCCAGGAGAACAAGAAUAAUGCAAUCAAAUUGGUAGAAAUCACCAGUAAAGAUUUCAAGCCCAUCAAGCUCACAUCAAAAAUUAGGGAGAGUUUUAUCAGCAAAGUUCAGGCAAGUGCGAGGGAUUCUUCAAGGUCAAAUCCUAGUCAGACUGAUGCAACUACUGAAACAAGGACGAAUCUUCCAGACAUAAAGUUAAAAUCAAAAGUGUUUUUCGAUUCAAAACUCAAGCCUAUCAAGAUCAAUAGCAAAAUUGUAUCUCCUCAGAAACAUUCAGUCGAGCGCUUGACUAAAGGAAUCAAGAAGGAACUCAGGGAUCUUGAUGAAGAAACUCAUCGAGAUUCAGAAUUAAAAAGAAUGAUUACUAACAAAGCUAUUAUCCAGUCAACUAGUCACAAGAAGCUGCCUGACUCGGUCUCCAGCCUUGAGAUGAGGAGCCCAUAUAUUAAAAAGAGUAUACUAAAAAUAUGUAAAAACAAGUCUAUCAAGAACUUUGCUGAGAGGAAUACAAGACUCUUGAACAGCUCUAAGACACCACUAGGAGUGAGAUACUCCUCUAUAAAUGAACUCAGCUCGAAGCUCACAUCUUAUGUGUAAAUGAUAUUUUAUAAAGACCA